AGAGCAGUGGCAGCCAUGGACAGGAGAUUCAGCAGAGAAAGCAACGGAUUCACAAGCCUGCAGAAGAAGCUGGCAGAGAGCCGGCGUCCAAACCGAGAAGAACCAGUUCCCGAUCUCACUGACUUCAUGAAUGACAUGUUCUUCGGGACUACAAACAACGACAAGAAGGCAUACAACUUCACAGGUGGUGGUCUGAUGGACGACGAUGAAGAUUACUACGGGGACAGCACAAGGAACAGUAACAGCAGGUUAACUCAAGAAUGGCUCAGGGAAGCUAAGCAGAUGGUGGCAUCGUCUCCUUCUCGGUGUGAAUCGCCUUCAAGGCUUGUCGGGUCGCCAAGGUUUGCGGCGGCACAAGGCAGAGAGUCGGCGUCGUUGCUGGACCGGAGAAAUCCUCUCUCCAGGUCUGCUAGAAGGCACAGAGCAGCGGAAGGCUUCAGUGGAGAAAUCCUCUCAAAAUCAGCUGAACACAGCCGAAACAAGUCGGAGAGUGUAGGCGCAGCCGCCAUUCCCUCCGAAGUAUCCCCUGCAUCGGCGGUCCAGAAAUGGUUCUCCAACAUCCUCAAGCCAUCCAAUCCCGCCCCUCCAUCCUCCAACCUUCCCAAUCCGACGCCCCAAACUCUGCCACCUCGACUCUCCGCCAACCGCAAAUCUCGCUUUCAGGACGACUCAUCUGGACCUCACUCACUCCCAAUCCCUGCCGCGGCCGCCCAGUCCAAACGAACCUUCAAAGCUCCGGCAGCGCCCGACACACAUUUGCUCUCUCCGCCCAAGAAUCUCAUCGAAUCGGCUCGCCGGAGGUCGAUUUCUUCGUCGACAUGCUCGUUGCCCGAGAAUCCGGUUCUGUCGCCGCCCAGAAAUCUCGUGGAGUCCGCUCACAGGCGGUCGAUAUCUUCGUCGACAUGCUCGAUUGAUAAACUUUCGUCAAAGGUCAAUUCGGCAGGAGGGCACAGAGGUGGAGACGAAGCUCGAAAUAUUAAUGAGUUUCUCAAAGAGCAAAGAACCAAAAUUGGGAAAAUUGUGAAUGGAGAAAUCUCUGCAAAGGCGAAAAUUUUGCUCUCUGGGCCUUCAAACAGCACGAGUUCGAUGGUGGCGGCUAUAUGCUAUGCGUGGUUGUUGGAGAAUAGGAUGAGGGAUAGUAAGAAAGAAGACGAUGAGGAGGAGUGCGUGGUGGUGCCUGUGAUGAAUGUGAGGAGGGGAAACAUGUGGAAGCUACUGCGGGCCGCCUGGCUCUUCCACCAUAUCGGCAUUGAUGCCACCUCAUUGCUCUUCUCUGAUGAGGUGGAUUUGGAGAAUUUAAUGAUGGCUAAGCAAUUAAGCAUCCUUGUGGUUGGGCAAGAUGUUCUCAGAACCAAUGGCGAGGUUGGAUCCCAAUGCACCAUCCUUACAGAUAAUUACUGUGAAGAUGCCUAUGAUCUACUUCAAAUCCCAGUGCUAAAAAACCUUUUGCUGGCAGGUAUUCUGCUAGACACUAGAAAUUUGAAUGCAUCUGCUAAGUUAUCAAUGGCCAGAGAUGCGGAGGCAGUUCAGCUGUUAUUGGUUGGCUCAGCCCCAAAUCACAGAAAUACUCUUUUUGAUCAAUUGAUGCAAGAUCAGAGAGACAAUUCUUUCUUUGAAGCCUUGAGACACAACUAUGGGAAGCCUCCUAAUGAGAAUGGUCGUGAUAGUGGAGUGCUGGUGGAACAUACAGUUUUAGAGAGGAAGUCAACCUCCAUCUCUCGCAAUGAAGCCAUCACACAAAAUGCAUAUAGGAAUUCUAAUGAUGUGAAAAGUGCAAAACCUAGCAGAGUGUCACCAAAAUCAGCAAAGCCCAAGUCUUCAACCGUGCAAGCACCCACAGUAGCACCAGCAGAAGCAGCACCCAAUUCCUCUGGUGGAAAGAAUAAAUUUUUCCUGGCAAAGUGGUUUGGUUUUGGUUCAAAAUGAUGAUCAAAUGCCUGAGUCAUUUGCAUACUGUAAAUCUGAUCCUCAUUAAGUUCCAAAAGUGAGAGUUAGAGGCCGAGUAGAUGAGCAUCAUUUCCUGGAUUGCCAGUGGGUUCAACAAAGCAGUGAGUUGGGUUCCACCAUUUUAUCCCCCAUGAUCUUUGUUUUUGGAUGUUGCUUGGCUACAGGAGAGAUGAAAUACUUAUGGCUGGCAUGCCUCUAUUAUUAUUUUUGUACCAGACAAAUAAUGUUUAGAGCUGCUGACAGGCAGAUUAGUCCAUGCUAUUGUAACUCCUGUAUUUUCUCCCAAUGUUGUUAUUGCUGAAGUUCAAAAUUCUUCA